GCUAUGGCGAGUGAAGGCAAACAAGUUGUUCAGUCAACAGGUGAUAAUGGAGGAGGAGCGGGCAGAGAAGGAAAUGCUGCUGAAGGGGGAAGUGCGCGGCAGCCUUUGAAUCCAGGUGUCCCCAUCCGAGGAAUCAAGAUGAAAUUCGCUGUGCUGACAGGACUGGUGGAAGUUGGUGAAGUGUCUAACAGAGACAUAGUUGAAACUGUGUUCAAUUUGCUUGUUGGGGGCCAGUUUGACUUUGAAAUGAACUUUAUCAUCCAAGAAAGAGAGGGCAUCACCUGCAUGGUAGACUUGCUGGACAAGUGUGACAUCACCUGCCAGGCUGAGGUGUGGAGCAUGUUUACAGCAAUCUUGAAGAAAAGUAUACGCAAUCUACAAGCAUGCACGGAAGUGGGACUCGUUGAACAAGUGCUCAAGAGGAUUGAUAGAGCUGACAACAUGAUUGCAGAUCUCUUAGUGGAUAUGCUGGGUGUGUUGGCUAGCUAUAACUUGACAGUUCGAGAGCUAAAGUUAUUCUUCAGCAAGCUUCAAGGAGAAAAAGGGAGAUGGCCACCACAUGCUGGGAAGUUAUUGUCUGUGUUAAAACACAUGCCUCAGAAGUAUGGACCUGAUGCCUUCUUCAACUUUCCAGGAAAAAGUGCUGCAGCUAUUGCCUUACCUCCUAUAGCCAAGUGGCCGUACCAGAAUGGAUUUACUUUCCACACUUGGCUAAGAAUGGAUCCUGUAAAUAAUAUCAAUGUGGAUAAGGAUAAGCCUUACUUAUAUUGUUUUCGAACAAACAAAGGACUUGGUUAUUCUGCUCACUUUGUUGGAGGCUGCUUGAUUGUAACAUCCAUAAAAUCAAAGGGAAAAGGUUUCCAGCAUUGUGUAAAAUUUGAUUCAAAGCCACAAAAGUGGUACAUGGUUACUAUAGUGCACAUCUAUAACCGCUGGAAGAAUAGUGAACUUCGAUGCUAUGUGAAUGGGGAACUGGCAUCUUAUGGAGAAAUAACAUGGUUUGUCAACACCAGUGAUACGUUUGACAAAUGUUUCCUGGGUUCUUCAGAAACAGCAGAUGCCAAUCGAGUGUUUUGUGGGCAAAUGACGUCCGUUUACCUUUUUAGUGAGGCUCUCAAUGCUGCUCAGAUCUUUGCCAUUUAUCAGCUUGGUCUGGGAUAUAAGGGAACAUUCAAAUUCAAGGCAGAAAGUGAUCUCUUCCUUGCUGAACAUCACAAAAUGCUGCUAUAUGAUGGCAAACUAUCCAAUGGUAUUGCUUUUAUGUACAAUCCAAGGGCUACAGAUGCACAGCUAUGUCUAGAAUCAUCCCCUAAGGAUAACCCUUCUAUUUUUGUUCAUUCACCACAUGCCCUCAUGCUGCAGGAUGUGAAAGCAGUCUUAACACAUUCUAUCCAAAGUGCCCUGCACUCUAUUGGAGGGGUGCAGGUACUUUUCCCUCUCUUUGCACAGCUAGACUACAGGCAAUAUGCAUCAGACCAUGUUGACACAACUGUUUGUUCUACUUUACUGGCUUUUAUCAUGGAGUUGCUGAAGAACUCCAUUGCUAUGCAAGAACAGAUGCUUUCCUGUAAGGGCUUCCUUGUCAUAGGAUAUAGCCUAGAAAAGUCUUCCAAAGCCCAUGUUACGCGAGCUGUCCUAGAACUUUGCCUUGCCUUUUCGAAAUACCUGAGCAACUUACACAAUGGGGUGCCCUUGCUGAAGCAGCUGUGUGAUCAUGUUCUCCUUAAUCCUGCGAUAUGGAUUCAUAUCCCAGCACAGGUUCAGCUGAUCCUGUACACCUACCUAUCUACUGAGUUCAUUGGCACAGUUAACAUAUAUGGUGCAAUCCGACGGGUUGGGACAGUUCUUUUGGUCAUGCACACCCUGAAGUAUUAUUACUGGGUGGUAAAUCCUCAGAAUCGCAGUGGUAUAACUCCCAAGGGCAUGGAUGGGCCACGGCCCACUCAAAAAGAGAUUUUAUCUCUGCGAGCAUUCUUGUUGAUGUUCAUUAAACAGCUAGUGAUGAAGGACUAUGGAAUAAAAGAAGAUGAAUUGCAGGCUAUCCUCAAUUAUCUGCUCACUAUACAUGAGGAUGACAAUCUAAUGGAUGUCUUGCAAUUACUUGUUGCUCUGAUGUCAGAGCAUCCCAGUUCUAUGAUCCCUGCUUUUGACCAAAGGAAUGGAUUACAGGUUGUCUACAAGCUUCUAGCAGCACAAAGUGAAGGCAUCAGGGUGCAAGCUCUGAAAGUGAUGGGAUAUUUCUUAAAGCAUCUUGCUCCAAAGAGAAAAGCUGAAGUCAUGCUUGGACAUGGAUUGUUCUCCUUGUUGGCUGAAAGGCUGAUGCUUCAGACAAGCUUAAUCACCAUGACCACAUACAAUGUCCUAUUUGAGAUUCUGACUGAACAGAUUUGCACUCAAGUGAUACAUAAGCAACAUCCUGACCCAGAUUCAACAGUGAAGAUACAAAAUCCUCAGAUUUUGAAAGUUAUUGCCGUACUGCUGCGUAAUUCUCCACAGUGUCCGGAAACUCUGGAGGUUCGGCGAGCCUUCCUCUCAGAUAUGAUUAAACUUUUUAAUAACAGCAGAGAAAAUAGGAGGAGUUUGUUGCAGUGCUCCGUCUGGCAGGAGUGGAUGCUUUCCCUUUGCUAUUUUAAUCCGAAGACUUCUGAGGAACAGAAGAUAACCGAGAUGGUGUAUACCAUAUUUCGAAUUUUGCUCUACCAUGCAGUCAAAUAUGAGUGGGGUGGCUGGCGUGUUUGGGUGGAUACACUGUCAAUCACACAUUCAAAGGUAACUUUUGAAGUGCACAAAGAGAGUCUUUCUCAAAUGUAUAGGGACUACCAAGAGAAAGAAAGUGAGGCGAGUGGAAUAUGUUCUUCAACUCCAAUUAGAACAAUCUCUGGAGUUAGCAAAGAAGUUGAAACCAAGGAAGAGGAACAAUGUUUGGAGUUAAAAGAAGAUGCUACUGCUCCUUCCUGCAUUAUUGAUGAUGGUAUGGAGUGCAGUACUGAAAAAAAAGAGACAAAUACCUCAUCGGAUGGGGACCAACGAACUCAUUCAGUGUCUAAUCAUAGGGAGGAGUUAGAGGGGGAAGGCAGGGAGGCUACACAGGAUUUAAAAGCAGUGUCUUGUGCAGAAUUUUCUCUAGAACCAGAAGCAAUGAAGCCCUGUGUUUCAGAAAUUAGUACUGGAAUAGCUGAAGCAAUUGAAGAUUCUCUGAGCAAAGCUGAUGAGCUUCUAGAAGAAACAGUAGCUGUCACUACUGCUUCUAUAGUAAUGCAAGCUACUUUGGAAGGAGAAACUCCUGAAAGUCCAGAAAGACAGGAAAAAUCCACAUUAGAGGUGGAAGAUGAAGACGACUUUGUUGAUUUGAAAGUGGAAAGUGGUAUGCCUUUAGUCUCAGAAGAGUUUGCAGAAACAAAGAAGAAACAUAGCUCUAAUGAAAGUGAAGUGACAAAGCAGGAAAAAGCAAUAGAGAAGGAACCUGAAUCUGUGCUUUUGAAACCUGAAGAUAUUGAAGAUGAAGAAAAUGCAAAUGCGCAUGUGUCAGAGCCUGCUGGAGCCUCUGACAAAAGAAUUGCCAAGCUUGAUGUUUCUAGUGUUGCAUCAGAUACAGAAAAACUGGAACUGAAAGCGAACACUUGUCUAGAAGCACCUCUGCCCCCCAGAUCCAUAGCUGAGAGAUACCUGCUAAUGGAUGCUCUUCAUUCUGCACCAUUCUUCCUUAAAGGAGGAAAACCACUGUCUACAGCAACAUAUGCUCCCCCUGUGACCACAAGGCAGCAAGAUUCUUCAGGACAAGAGCUAGCUGCUACAUCAGAUGGGCAGAGAAGAGACUCUCGGUCAGCUGUGUUCCGUAUUCCUGAGUUUAAGUGGUCACAGAUGCAUCAGCGCUUGCUCACAGACUUACUGUUUUCCAUAGAAACAGAUAUACAGAUGUGGAGAAGCCAUUCUACAAAAACAGUGAUGGACUUUGUGAAUAGCAGUGACAAUGUCAUAUUUGUGCACAACACAAUUCACCUCAUCUCUCAAGUGAUGGACAACAUGAUCAUGGCUUGUGGUGGUAUAUUGCCAUUGCUUUCUGCUGCCACAUCUGCUACUCAUGAAUUGGAGAAUAUUGAGCCAACUCAAGGACUUUCAGUAGAAGCAUCUCUAACAUUUCUUCAGAGAUUAAUCAACCUUGUGGAUGUGCUCAUUUUUGCAAGCUCUCUUGGUUUCACUGAAAUUGAGUCUGAGAAAAAUAUGUCAUCUGGAGGAAUUCUGCGUCAGUGUCUUCGUUUGGUAUGUGCGGUAGCAGUAAGAAAUUGCUUGGAGUGUCAGCAGCAUGCACAGAUGAAGCCUAUUGGAGACACUGGGAAAAACCAAAAAACAGUGCAGAGCUUUACAGGAACAGGGAAGUCUGCAGCAAAGAGUCCAGUGGACGUUGUGAUUGGUGGCAUUUCUCCAAUCCGAGACCAUGACAGACUUCUACAGGAUAUGGAUAUUAAUCGACUUCGAGCAGUAGUGUUCAGGGAUAUAGAGGAUAGUAAACAGGCUCAGUUUUUGGCUUUGGCUGUUGUAUAUUUUAUUUCUGUGCUCAUGGUUUCAAAAUACAGAGAUAUACUAGAACCCCAGAAUGAAAGACAACCACCAAACCAUACCCAGUCCUUCAAGGAAUCAGAGAAUGAAAAUAAUGAAACUCCUACUACAGAUGUGGAAAAUCCAUCUUCUGCUCUCGGUGCUUCAGCCUCCACUGACGACUCAGAAAGUACAGUGUCUGUACGAAGAAGGGAUUCUGUUCUUUGGGAGGAAUCAGCUUCAGGGCAAACAAACAGUUCUGGUAGUGUUGCUGAAGCAGGACCUCUGAAUGUCAGUGCAGGUCCAGAUGCAAUCAGUGAAGUAUUAUGCACACUCUCAUUAGAAGUAAAGAAGUCUCAGAAGGGCAGAAAUGAGACAGGGACUGAGGUUAGUAAGCCUGCAACUUCUGUGCCAGCUGCAAAAAAUGUCAAUGUAAAGGACAUCCUGAGAAGCUUGGUAAGCACACCAGCUGAUGGGACUGCAGUGGAUGCUGCUCUUCUGCCACCAACCUUCCUUGGAAUUCUUGGCGAUGGUGCUGCUGAGCAGCCUGUACAGUUCCAUUCCUUUGACAGGAGUGUCGUUGUACCACCGAAGAAAUCAACUAUUUCAUCUUCUACAGCUGCUAUAGGUGUUCCUACAAAUGCUGUCAGUAUGGUUUCUUCUUUAGAUUCAGCUCAAGCUCCAGAUUUGUCAGGAGAAUCUCCUGGAAGGGGAUCAUCUAUUUCAAAAUUGCCAUCUGUCCCUACAGUUUCUACAGUGCCUGAGGAUUCUGCUUCAAAUAUGAGUAUUACAGACAGGCUUGAACAUGCUUUGGAAAAAGCUGCCCCACUUCUGAGAGAGAUUUUUGUGGAUUUUGCUCCCUUUCUUUCUCGGACUCUUUUGGGCAGCCAUGGGCAGGAGUUGCUGAUAGAAGGUCUUGUCUGCAUGAAAUCUAGCAGUUCAGUUGUGGAGCUGGUGAUGCUUCUUUGCUCUCAGGAGUGGCAGAACUCUAUACAAAAGAAUGCUGGCCUUGCCUUUAUUGAGCUUGUCAAUGAAGGAAGGUUGCUGAGUCAAACAAUGAAGGACCACUUGGUAAGAGUUGCUAAUGAAGCAGAAUUUAUCUUGAGCAGACAGAGAGCAGAGGAUAUUAACCGCCAUGCUGAAUUUGAGUCACUGUGUGCCCAGUAUUCUGCAGACAAACGAGAAGAAGAAAAAAUGUGUCAUCAUUUGAUAAUGGCAGCUAAGUACCGAGACCAGGUGACUGCAACUCAACUAAUACAGAAAAUUAUCAACAUUCUGACAGACAAGCAUGGAGCCUGGGGAAGCUCUGCACCAAGUCGUCCUCGUGAGUUCUGGCGCCUUGACUACUGGGAAGAUGACUUGCGGCGCCGGCGACGAUUUGUGCGUAACCCCCUUGGAUCGACACAUCCUGAAGCGACACUAAAAGCAGCCGGAGAACAUGCUCCUGAUGAGGAUGUACUUGUUAAAGGAAAGCAAUCCAUCAAGAGUCAAGUUUUAGGAAACCAGAACUCGGAAAGUGAGAUUCUCUUGGAAGGCGAUGACGAUAUUAUGUCAUUCAUGGAGGAAAGAGAAGUGGAGAACUUAACGGGUCCAGUUGCUCUAAGCACACUAGCUCAGCUUGUGGCACCCUCAGUAGUAGUGAAAGGCACUCUUUCCAUCACUCUUUCUGAGCUCUACUUUGAGGUGGAUGAAGAAGAUCCCGGUUUUAAGAAAAUCGACCCAAAGAUUCUGGCAUAUACAGAAGGACUCCAUGGAAAAUGGCUCUUUUCAGAGAUUCGAUCUAUCUUUUCCCGACGUUAUCUUUUGCAAAAUACAGCACUGGAGAUAUUCAUGGCAAAUAGAGUGGGUGUCAUGUUCAACUUUCCUGACCAAGCAACAGUAAAGAAAGUGGUUAACUGUCUACCUCGGGUUGGUAUUGGUACUAUCUUUGGACUACCUCAGACCAGACGCAUUUCUUUGGCUAGUCCACGACAGAUUUUCAAAGCUUCCAAUAUGACCCAGCGAUGGCAACAUCGAGAAAUUUCCAACUUUGAAUACCUGAUGUUUCUAAACACUGUAGCAGGUCGAACUUACAAUGAUUUAAAUCAGUACCCUGUCUUCCCUUGGGUUAUCACGAACUAUGAAUCAGAGGAGUUGGACCUUACCCUUCCUAGCAACUUCAGGGAUUUGUCAAAGCCUAUUGGAGCUUUGAACCCAAAGAGAGCAGCAUUCUUUUCUGAGAGAUAUGAAUCAUGGGAAGAUGAUCAGGUUCCAAAAUUUCACUAUGGCACACAUUAUUCAACUGCAAGUUUUGCACUCACGUGGUUAUUAAGAAUUGAACCCUUUACAACACUUUUUCUAAAUCUACAAGGUGGGAAGUUUGAUCAUGCAGAUAGAACAUUUUCGUCUAUUUCAAGAGCGUGGCGCAAUAGUCAGCGUGACACUUCUGAUAUCAAGGAAUUGAUUCCUGAAUUCUAUUACCUCCCAGAGAUAUUUGUCAACAGCAACAAUUACAAUCUGGGAGUGAUGGAUGAUGGGACGUUUGUGUCUGAUGUUGAACUUCCACCAUGGGCCAAAACCCCAGAAGAAUUUGUUCGCAUAAACAGACUGGCAUUAGAAAGUGAGUUUGUUUCUUGCCAGCUGCACCAGUGGAUUGAUUUGAUUUUUGGCUACAAACAGCAAGGACCAGAGGCUGUUAGAUCCCUGAAUGUAUUCUACUAUUUGACUUACGAAGGAGCUGUUAAUUUAAGUUCGAUAACGGAUCCCAUAUUGAGAGAGGCUGUUGAAGCUCAAAUACGAAGUUUUGGACAGACCCCUUCCCAACUGCUCAUAGAACCACAUCCUCCAAGAAGUUCUGCCAUGCAAGUGUAUCUCCUCCUGCAGAGUCCGUUGAUGUUCACAGACCAAGCUCAACAGGAUGUUAUCAUGGUUCUAAAGUUCCCAUCCAACUCCCCUGUCACUCAUGUAGCAGCCAACACCCAGCCUGGUCUGGCCACUCCUGCUGUGAUCACAGUUACUGCAAAUAGGCUAUUUGCUGUAAACAAGUGGCAUAAUCUUCCUGCUCAUCAAGGUGCUGUACAAGACCAGCCUUACCAGCUGCCAGUGGAAAUCGAUCCUCUCAUAGCCAGCAGUACAGGUAUGCACAGAAGGCAAAUCACUGACCUUUUAGACCAAAGCAUUCAGGUACAUUCCCAGUGUUUUGUCAUCACAUCUGAUAAUCGUUACAUCUUGGUCUGUGGCUUCUGGGACAAGAGUUUCCGAGUUUAUUCUACCGACUCAGGUAAACUGAUACAAGUAAUAUUUGGACACUGGGAUGUUGUAACUUGUCUUGCUCGUUCUGAGUCAUAUAUUGGAGGAAAUUGUUACAUUCUCUCGGGAUCGCGUGAUGCAACGCUGCUGCUCUGGUACUGGAAUGGCAAAACCAAUAUCAUUGGUGAUAACCCAAGAGCCAGUGAUUUUGCAACUCCUCGAGCUAUUUUGACAGGACAUGACUAUGAGAUCACCUGUGCUACCAUUUGUGCUGAACUUGGCCUGGUAAUAAGUGGUUCAAAAGAAGGACCAUGUCUCAUACAUUCUAUGAAUGGAGAUCUACUGAGGACAUUAGAAGGUCCUGAAACAUUAGAAGGUCCUGAAAACUGCCUGAGACCAAAACUUAUUCAAGCUUCAAGAGAAGGCCACUGUGUCAUAUAUUAUGAAAAUGGCCUCUUCUGUGUAUUCAGUGUCAAUGGGACACUUCAAGCCACUAUGGAAACAGAUGACAAGAUAAAGGCAAUUCAGCUGAGUCGAGAUGGACAGUAUCUGCUUACAGGUGGAGACAACGGAGUUGUCAUGGUAUGGCAGAUGUGGGACCUCAAGCAGCUUUUUGCUUACCCAGGAUGUGAUGCUGGAAUCCGAUCCAUGGCCCUGUCAUAUGACCAAAGGUGUAUAAUGACUGGCAUGGCAUCUGGGAGCAUAGUGGUCUUCUACAAUGAUUUCAAUCGUUGGCACCAUGAGUAUCAAACCAGAUACUGAUCUUCAGAGACCAAGAUUAGCACUGAUGUGGGCAGCUGUUGUCAGAAGGAAACAGUACACCUCCUGUGGUGUCUUGCCACAACAUUUUUCCCUAUAAAUAGCUAUAUUACAUCUGAAUGUAAUUUAAAUUGCUGGAAGCAACCUAUUUUUUAAAGUUAAUUGCUAUUUUUGUAGACCUUGCUUGACUUUUUUGGGGGAAGGGCAAAGAAGCAGAAAAAUGGCUGCUGGGUUCUGUAGUUAAAAAUCUAUAUUUUUAGUCAUAAUGAGAAGUCUAUUUUGAUCCCUGUAUGUAAAAGAAACCUAAAGAAAAGAUGGUUAAAAUUCA